AUGCCUCGGGGACAGAAGAGUAAGCUUCGUGCCCGUGAGAAACGCCGCCAGGCCCGAAAAGACGCCAGGGAUCCAGUGGGUGCUCAGGCCACUGUACCAGAGGAAGAAGAAUCCCCUUCUCCCACAUCUUCUGGUUUCGAAGAUGAUCCUCAGAGUUCACCUGCCACUGGAACACCCAGCAAUCCUGAAGUGCUUGAGGGAGUCCACUCCACCACUGCUAGUGCUGCAGCUGUUUCAAGCACAAGAUUUGUUGAAGUUGCCGACAGUCAAGUGGAGGAAAUGCUAAAUGCCUUACAUGUCGAUGAUGUCACUGAGCCCUGGUACAGAGACCCUCUGGAUGAAAAGGUGAUUGUGUUGGUGCACUACCUGCUGUACAAGUAUCAAAGGAAAGAGCCCGUUACCAAAGUAGAUAUGCUGAAAAAUGUAGUCCAGACGUACAAGCAUAACUUCCAUGAGAUCCUCAAGAGAGCUUCUGAGCACUUGGAGCUGGUCUUUGGCCUUGAUAUGAAGGAAAUGGAUCCCAACAGGAACACCUAUGUCCUCAUCAACAAACUCGAACUAAGCUGUGAUUCAAGAGAAUACAGAGGUGUGCCCAAGACUGGUGUGCUGAUGACUAUCCUGGGCGUGAUCUUCAUGGCAGACAACUGCGCCACUGAAGAGGAAGUCUGGCAAGUGCUGAAUAUAAUGGGGCUACAUGCUGGGAGGAAGCACUUCAUCUUUGGGGAUCCCAAGAAGCUCAUCACAGAAAAUUUGGUGAAAGAAGAUUACCUGGUUUACCGCCAGGUGCCUGACAGUGAUCCUCCAGGCUACGAGUUCCUGUGGGGCUCAAGAGCCCACGCUGAAACCAGCAAGAUGAAAGUCCUGGAGUUUGUGGCCAAGAUUAAUCACACCGUCCCCAGUGCCUUCCCACGCCAUUAUGAAGAGGCUCUGAGAGACGAGGAAGAGAGAGCCCAGGCCAGAUCCACAGCUAGGGCUCGUAAUGCUGCCAAGGCCAGCGCGCGCUCCAAGGCUGUGGCCACCAGCUUCUCCUUCCCCAAGUGA